AUGUGUGAAAAAAAUCAAACUAAAGUCACAGAAUUCCACCUUCUUGGAUUUAAAGAUCUGGAAAAGGUCAAAAGUCUGCUCUUUAUCGCACUACUUCUAAUAUAUGCUGCAAUUAUAGGUGGAAACCUUUUAAUUAUCCUAUUAGUGUCAAUUAGUAAUCAUCUCAAAAUUCCAAUGUUCUUCUUUCUUAAACAUUUAGCCAUAGCAGAUGUCCUUCUAACCACCAGCAUUGUGCCGUUGAUGCUCAACAUCAUGCUCAAGGCAGAAGGAGCAAUAUCUGUCAGUGGCUGCAUCUUUCAGUUGUACCUUUUUGGUGUUUUUGGAUUUGUGCAAUGUUUGCUCAUUGCUAUAAUGUCUUAUGAUAGAUAUCUGGCAGUUUGCAACCCACUACAUUACACUUUAAUUAUGAGACCCAAAAGGUGCCAGGGGCUAGUUUUUGGGUCAUGGACAUUCAUUGUCAUUGGAAUGUUGAGCGAAAUAAGUUUAGUUGGUCAAUUUGACUUCUGUGGUCUCAAUAACAUUGACCACUUUUUCUGUGAUAUUGGUCCAAUUGUGGAAUUAUCUAAUUCAGACCCCUCUGUAUUGAAAUUGGAAGAUUUUAUAUUCAGCAUCUUGGUAAUAUGUUUACCAUUUGCCUUUAUUAUUGUAACAUACAUCUAUAUUUUCAUCACCAUCCUCAAGAUUUCUUCCACCACUGGAAGAAAAAAAGCCUUCUCUACAUGCAGUUCCCACCUGACCACUGUGUGUAUAUAUUAUGGAACCCUGAUUGCAGUUUACAUGAUGCCAUCCAAUGAGAGUGCUUCUCUUUUAAAUAAGUACAUAUCACUGUUGUACAUCAUGGGGACUCCAUUGACGAACCCAAUGAUAUAUAGCCUCAGGAACCAUGAGAUACAAAAAGCUAUGAAAACAAUGCUGAAGAAUAUUUUGUCAGCUAUUUGUGAUAUACACUUAAGUGAAAUAUAA